AUGUCUGCAGAACCUGGUAUGCCUAAAAGGCGUUGUGUCAGCACGGCCUGCAUCGCCUGUCGUAGGCGAAAAUCUAAGUGCGAUGGGAAUCUCCCUAGUUGUGCUGCAUGCUCCUCGGUCUACCAUACGCCAUGUGUCUAUGACCCAAACUCUGAUCACCGACGCAAGGGUGUUUAUAAGAAGGAUGCCGAUGCCUUGCGAACUAAGCACACCACGCUACAAACCCUGAUUCAGGCGUUGCUAAACUAUGAAGAAGAAGACGCAUUUGAAAUUGUGCGCCAAAUCCGAUCUUGUGAUGAUCUAGAAGAUGUCGCCCAAUCCAUAGUCACCCGAGAUAGAGGGCUUCCAGCACCAACGACAGAAGCUGUGGGGGAAAUAGCCGAAAAUGAGAACGCGGCUGAAGUCGAUCAAUUUGAAUUAGAACUAUCGGGUAGAAUGAGCGAACUCCUACUAGAUGGUUCUCGAAAAUUCAUUGGCGGCACGUCCAAUCUCAUCUUCCUUCCACCUGGCUCAGAAUUACACGAGUUCACGUCUCCUCAAGAAGCCCCGGCUGCUUCGGUUACCAAUGAUAUGCUACCUGUGCGACGUUGGACACAAGUCACGGAAGAUGACUCGCUCGUUAGUCAUCUCUUGACGAUGUAUUUUACAUGGCACUACCCAUUCUUCACAAUCCUGGCUAAGGACAUGUUCUAUCGGGAUUAUGUUCGUGGUGUGUCAAGUCCAUAUUGCUCAGCCUUGCUGGUCAAUGCCAUGCUAGCUCUGGGGUGUCAUUUCACUACGUGGCGGGGGGCCUUUUCCGAUCCUAACAACCUUGCAACCGCCGGUGACCAUUUCUUCAAAGAAGCUAAGCGAAUGGUUCUCGAGAAUGAUGAGCACGAGAAUGCGAAGCUUUGUACAGUUCAGGCAUUUGCUCUCAUGUCUGUGCGCGAGGCUGGGUGUGGCCGCGAAGGCAAAGGCUGGGUUUAUAGCGGGCUCAGCUUCCGCAUGGCCUUUGAUCUUGGCUUGAAUGUCGAUGCCACAACCCCUGGCUCACACAACUUAACCGAAGAAGAAAUUGAUGCAAGGAGGAUCACAUUCUGGGGUUGCUACCUCAUCGAUAAAUGUUGGUCAAAUUACCUUGGGCGACAGCCACAGCUAUCCUCAUCGAACACGAAUAUACCGAAAUUUGAGGUGUUUCCGAGCGAGGAAACAGAACUUUGGGCACCAUAUACAGACGCAGGUGCAAGCCAAGACCACAGUCAAGCUUCGCGGACUCGAGCUGUUGCGUUACAAAUAUCGAUACUCUGUCAGAUCAGCGGCGAUCUCCUUGCCUUCUUCUACCAUCCAUCGGAGUUAGAAAAGUCGCAACCAAAACAAUCAGAGUUGAAAAAGCUUAGCGAUGUUCAUACUCGACUUGAAGCCUGGAAAAAGCAGUUACCGCGAGAAUUCGAGCCAAAGGAAGGACAGCUACCCCAAGUCCUAGUCAUGCACAUGUUCAACCAACUCCUACUCAUUCAUCUUUAUCGGCCAUUCUUAAAAUACACCAAGACGAACACGCCUCUACCUUCACAUGUUUCGCCACGCAAGAUAUGCACACAAGCAGCAUCGGCGAUAUCUAAACUCUUGCGAAUGUACAAACGGACUUAUGGUCUGAAGCAGAUUUGUAACGUGGUUGUUUACAUUGCUCAUACUGCUUGCACCAUUCACCUUUUGAAUCUUCCCGAGAAAAAUGCUCAACGAGACAUCGUUCAUGGGCUGAGAAACCUCGAGGAAAUGGCCGAAUGUUGGCUGUGCGCGCGUCGCACAUUGCGCAUCCUUGAAAUCUCCGCCAACAAGUGGCAGGUCCAUCUCCCCAUCGAAGCCAGUGCUGUUUUCGAACGAACUCAUAACAAGUGGGGGUCUUGGGGGCUUUGGGACCAAGCUACCUCACCCACAUCCAUAUCAGACGAAUCUGCGGCAACCUCUUUCAGCAAUUUGAGCCCCUCCAUGAACAGCCCAGGGCGCUUCUCACCCGGGGGCAACAAGGCCCCUGCGGUGCAACGUCCGGAACCCACCACAACCAACACAGCGACUUUGUCGGGGGUGUCUAUGGCCCCUCAAUACCCUCCAGCGACCACCAUGGCAACUUCAGUUCCACCAAUGCGUAUAGCACGCCGGGUAUUCGGAGCCCAGGCCCAAAGACCAGAAUUUCCGCCACCAGAACCGACGUAUCUCCGACCACUAUCACAAAUGGACUACCAAGUACCUACGGGGUUUGCAGGUUCAAAUCCAUCCGCUCCUUCUCCCAUCCCAGGCGGUUGGUACGAUGCAAACGGGGCCCAUGUAGAGACGCAGCCUACCUCAUCUAACCUCUCAUCUAUGACUAAUUUUGGGGCCCCUGAAAGUCUAGUUAAAGAGAGUCAAGAUUGGUGGUCUCGCAAUGCUACCACCAUGGACAUUGGAGUCGAAAAUUGGAGUCCUUGGAGUCCUGGUAUCCCGACCCCAGCACCUCAUCUUCAGUACGGCGAUGACCAUGUCAACCUCAUGGCUAUGGCAUCGCAAUCUAACACUGUAAACGGUCCCCCAAACCAAGCCGAGGCCUCAAUGGGGAUGCACAAUUCCAGUGUGUCGCCAGAGAACGGCACACCCAAAUUUGAUGGCCCAUGGUGA